UUAGACAAUUUGCUGGUUUAUGUCAUAUUAUUUUAAAAAUUUUUGUGUUAAAUGAGUGGAAUUGAAGUGUAAAAAAUUGAAAAAAAAGGAUAUUUUACUCGACUUUUUUCUUAUAAUGGCCUUUCGCACACAAGCUACCGGCACAUUUUCAGACAUUGAAAUGAAGUCACCUUCUCCGCUCUCAAUUCAACCACGUAAAUUACGCUUUGCGUCGUCUGAUAAAGAUGAUGACGAUAAGGACAGUGCCGAACGAUUGGGUAGAGUUACGCGAAGUCGAGUAAAAUUGGAUUACAGUUUUGAAGAAAAUGAGAAACUCAAAAAACUCUCAGCGUCUUCAAUAUCACCGCCUUAUCGUAAAGUACGAGCAUUACGGCUUUUUGACACACCAGCUACCCCAAAAACUAUUUUGGAAAAAUCUUCAGGAAAUCAUUUGUCUGGAGUUGCGGCAGCCGAGUCUACGAAAAAGCAAGAAAUGCUAUUCAUGAAAACCUUAGAGAGGCCACGCUCGUUACCAUUGCACAGAGCUCUAGACAACGUCAUGCAACCGCAGACAGCUAAUGUAAAUCCAUUUACACCAGAUAGUUUGAUGGCUCACAAUAAGAAACGUUACCGCACGCCAGGUAUUGAGAAUCUCAAUAACCGAUCUUUGCAAUUAUUUCUCAAUACUAAUGACGAUAUGUUGAAUGAUGCAGAAGGUGAAAAUACGCCUGAAAUAAAUCAGGCUCCUAAAAGAUUGGCUCUACAGGAUACCAAUAUAAGUCGUUAUAAAAAGGAAUUCCUAGAAUUAGCUGUUAUAGGAGUUGGGCAGUUUGGAAAAGUCUAUCAGUGUCUUAAUCGUUUAGAUGGCUGCAUUUACGCAAUUAAGAAAAGUAUUAAACCGGUAGCGGGCAGUUCGUUUGAGAAACGUGCUUUAAAUGAAGUAUGGGCCCACGCUGUGUUAGGAAAACAUGACAAUGUUGUCCGGUAUUAUUCUGCUUGGGCAGAAGAUAACCAUAUGCUUAUACAAAAUGAGUACUGCAAUGGCGGUAGCUUGCAAUCUCUCCUGCAGGAACGUUCGCUGGUAGAAUCUGAACUGAAAAUAUUAUUAUUACAUGUAGCCGAGGGACUACGUUAUAUACAUUCCAAUGAUUUAGUUCACAUGGAUUUAAAAUCAGGAAAUAUCUUUUUUACAAAAAUGCCUUCAGCGCAUAAAUCGCCAAUGCCACCGUUAACGAAAGAAUGCUAUGAAACAGGGAUGGACGGCAUUUAUGAAGAGCUAAGCAAUACCGAUUGGAUAAUAACCUAUAAAAUUGGCGAUUUAGGACAUGUUACUUCAGUAAAAGAGCCAUGUGUAGAGGAGGGUGAUUGCCGUUACUUGCCUAGAGAAAUUCUAGACGACGAUUUCUCUAAUUUAUUUAAAGCCGACAUAUUUGCUUUGGGUUUAACUUUGUUUGAAGCUGCCGGAGGAGGGACUCUGGCUAAAAACGGGCCCGAAUGGCAUGAUUUAAGAGAUGGUAAUAUUCCAUAUAUAACUUCGUUAAGUAAAGAAUUCAAUGACGUCCUUAAGGCCAUGACACAUCCAGAUCCGAAACAACGUCCUUCCUCAACGUCGAUUUUUAAUCAUCCAAUUCUAAAUGCUUUGGAAUCUAAGAGCAAAGCCCAACUUAGUCAAGAAUUGACUAUAGAAAAAGGGAAAAACGAAAUACUUUUGCGUAAAUUGCGUGAAGCCAGAAAAGCCAUCAAAGCUUUGGAACAAAAUGCGAAAAAUCAUCAAAGCCCUCUCAUGUCGGAACAACGCUGCUUGCGUUCGCUUACACGUAAAACACAAUCUACGUCCUGCCUUAAAUCUAAAUUAGAUAGCAAACGCAAAAAUAUAAUCAAUAAGUUGCAGUAUUAAAACUUGUUAAUCAUUUCCUUCCAGCUACUACCAAUCUAUCUAAUACGCAAUGUCCAUCUCUUCAAUACUCCAUAUAAUCAAUACUAUAACAAAACCUGCUCUUCAAUAAUUGCUUAAUUUGAACUUCUAUUUACUUUACUCUAUUUUUUAUCUUCUUAUUUUGUGUUUUAAUAGCAAUUAAAAGAGACUUAGCUUUAUUAUUCACCGGUAAUACUGUUCUAUAAAAAAAAAAAAAAAAAAAAAAAA